CGCAAAUGACGCCAGCAGAGGACGUCCUCUUGGACCCACGUUACGGAACGACGUGAACGAGCGCGCAUUUGACGUUCGCGCUCCGGGCUGUAGCGCGCCUCCUGAAAAUGAGGAAACAGAGCGAGAAAACAACAAGAACGAAACAGCGCAGUGCCUCCUCACAGUGAAAGCAGAGCUCCUGAAUACUUGCAUGUGUGUGAGUGUGUUGCGUGUUGAGCUCCACCAUGGUUCAGUGGCAGCUCUGCACUCUGGAGAACCUGAUGUAUUCGGGGUUUGGCCGUCCUUUUCCACGACACGGCCUCCAGCUGCUCUUUUGGUUUUCCAACCAGUGUGUGACCUGCGACGUCGUCCAGCUGGUGGUCACCAUGAAGCUGGUGUCGGACUGUCAGCCGGAGAAGGGGAACUUCGGCUUCCACCUGUUUGGAAACAUGGAGGAGCUCCUUCCUGUUCUGAGCAGGCCCAGGAAGAGCAGGAGUAAGGUUACGUACUUUGAGGUUGGCAACCUGAGCACAGAAACGUAUCCUGCUUCUGCAAACCUCCCGGCAUACGUGAGGGAAAAUUAUCGGUCAAGUGUCAGAAGCAACAACUCUAACAUCGACCGCAUCAUCAUUGGUUACCGGGUGAGGACCCGGGUGGUGGAGACUGUGUACGUCACCGAGCACGACCCAGCCGCCUUUGGGAGGUUCAGAUUCGACAGGACUUUUGAAAUCAGCUGUGAACUGAUCCAGGCCCUGCAGAACCCCCAGCUGGACCUCACCAGCUUCCUCAUCCAGAUGGGCUACUACGUAAAUGUGCUCCAGGGCAUAGGAGAGAUCCCCUACUCGGAUCCUUCAGCUCAGCAAACCUGCAGCGUGGUGCAGAACUACAGCGGAUACACAGCAACGACACAGCAGCAGCAGCUCUACUGGUAUCCCAGCAGCUACGAGCAGCACGUGCACUACAGCUACAACACAUCAGCACAGAGCGGGCCUGCAGCUAACUACAGGAAACUACCGACGUACAAUUACUGGAAGCUGCCUCGUGAAGCUUUCAGUGGAAAACCAAAGAAGCGGGGCGGAGGUGAGGACUUUGGCUUCCUGAAGCUUCUUCUCGGCGCUGGAGCGCUCUACUUAGCAGCCAAGUGUCUGUUCUGGUUACUCGGCAGCUGGUGGAGCGAAGACGUGGAUGGAGACGUGGAGCUGAAGCCACAGUGGACUCCGACGUUUUGGCGCCGCGCUCCCAGUUAUCGGCACACGCACGUCAUGCUGGAUUACGUCUUCUAAAACUCGCUCAUGGUAUCAAAUGUCACACAAAGCUGUGGACUUUCUGGACUCCAGCCUGUGCACUGCGCUGUUUUCCACACUGGAGGAAAAAUGAUUUUUUUUAAUGAUUUUAAGGUGUUUUUGCUUUAUGUUUGACACAGACUGGACCAAAAUCACAUUAUGCAUUCAUUCAUGCAUCCAGCUGAAUCUGUAAACACUGAAGUGCUGACCUCUGAAAUCUUACAUUUUAAAAAUCAGUGCAGUAAUCAUGUGAUGUUCCUGUUCCAGGAAGCAGCUUUAGCUCCAGAUGAUUCAGUCUGAGUUUUCACUUCCACAAAGUCAGCUCUGA